AUGUUUGUGACUUUAAUCAUCAUUAAUAAAGUUUUAUAUCAAGAGACCGCAAACGCAAGGGGCGUGUCAGCUGUCAGUGGUCACGUGACCCGGAAAAUGUGGGCUUUAAUAACGGUGUUGGAUUGCUCCCAACUGCUGCGCCUACUGCCCUACGCAGUGCAAACUGUUCGUCAGCCCCCCGUCCCGACCCUCGACCCUCAGGUGGACUCUCCUCUAAGCACCAUGUCGGACCAAGCUUUUGUUACGCUGGCCACAAAUGACAACUAUGCCAAGGGAGCGAUGGUUCUUGGCCAGUCGUUACGAAACCACAACACAACCAAGAAGCUGGUGGCACUCAUAGGACCUCAUGUUGCAGAGCCUUGCAGAGAUGCACUCCACUCUAUUUUUGAUGAGGUGCUUGUGGUGGAUGUGAUGGAUUCUGGCGACACGGCUCAUCUGGCCCUGAUGAAGAGGCCUGACUUGGGAGUAACUUUGACCAAACUGCACUGCUGGACACUUACACAAUACAGCAAGUGUGUGUUCAUGGAUGCAGACACAUUGGUUCUGUCCAACAUAGAUGAACUCUUUGAGAGGGAGGAGCUGUCUGCAGCUCCAGAUCCUGGUUGGCCAGAUUGUUUCAACUCAGGGGUGUUUGUCUUCAGACCGUCCAAUGAAACGCAUGAAAAGCUGCUCACGUUCUGUGGUGAAAAUGGCAGCUUUGAUGGUGGAGAUCAGGGGGUUCUUAACAGUUUCUUUAACACCUGGGCGACAGCAGAUAUUUCCAAGCACCUUCCCUUCGUCUACAACCUCAGCAGUAUCGCCAUCUACUCCUACCUGCCAGCUUUCAAACAGUACGGCCAUGAUGCUAAAGUGGUCCACUUCCUGGGCAAAGUGAAGCCAUGGAACUACUCCUACAACGCUCAGAGGGGUGAGGUCAGAGGUCACUCUCUGUCGCCCGGCCAGUGCCAGCUGCACCCCGACUACCUGCUCAAGUGGUGGCAGCUGUACGCUAAAUCUGUGAAUCCUCUACUGCAGAAGGCCUACGGGGACACUCCCUUCAACAGUGGCUUUAUAGACCCGAGCAUAGAUGAUGAAGUCAGAGAAGACGCGAGACAGCAGCCAGAUCCCUUUCACCCUCCUCCCUCCCAGAGGGUUUCGUCAGAAGAAAGGAAGCAGCGCUGGGAAGCGGGACAGAUUGACUACCUGGGUGAUGAUUCCUUUUCCAACAUCGAGCGAAAACUUGACUCCUUCCUAAAGUAGAGACUCAGUCAUGGGGGCUUGAUUAGCAGGCGACCUAAUGAAGGCCUGUGUGCAUCUGUCACUCUCUGCACCCAAUCAGUGUGUAGAGUACAAGUUUUACUGAAUUCCCAUGCACUCCACCAUUCAUUUCCCCCUUUUUAGAGGAAAGGUUAGACAUUUUAGGAAGUAUUGUUUUCUUGCUGAGUUGGAUGAGAAGAUGCACAUCUGUAUGGUGUGAAGCUGCUGCAUGUAACCAACUAAGUUGGCCUAAAGAUUGUGAUUUAGUUGUGCAGGCCUGGUAGAUAAAUCCCAGAGAUGAUGUGUGUGUGUGUAUGAGAGAAGAUAAAUAUUUCUCUGGUACAAAUCAACCCUUUAGAUAUUUAUUAAAUUAGGUUUUACUUGCUUUUUUUUAUCUUUUAAUGUUUAUGUGAACCAUUUUCAAAGCAACAUAUAGGUAUCUGAGCAGUAAGGCAGACAAAUGAGGGGAGAAAACAGCUAACUGGCCCCACCCAAAGAUACCCAAGACCUCCUCUAAAGCUCACUCCAUACAAAGUGACUUCUAAUCCUUUUGAGCUCCAUAUUGUUUUUCUACCAGAAUAUUUCUUGGCAAGGCUAAAUGCUCAUCCAGGCCAAGAAAUGGUCAGAUGCAUACACUUAUAAAACAGUAUUGCUGUCUAACCCUCAGGUUCUAAGAAUUAAGCAAGUGAUAUCUUCAAGGGUUUGGUUGAUUUAUGGGUUAGCUGCAUGUUUUAUGCUGAUCUAGGUUUAGCCAGCUGCUUGUGGUAGCUUCAUAUAGCAAAACCUCUUCUCACCAAACUCAAGACAAGAAUGGAAAUUAAAGUAGCUGCUUCCCAAAUGUUGCGAUUCCUUUUCCUUGUGAUUCUGCUAGAAAUUAAUUCCAGAGUCUUCCUAACCCAUGAAAGUUCAUUAACAGGAAUGGGAAGAGAUUGCAGGACAAACCUUUAACUCAGUGGAAAUGUGAUCACCUGUCGUCUCACCACUUCCCAACCCCAUCCGCAAUAAGUCCCUUUUGAAGCAUAUAUGCAGCCAUUGGCGCUUUUCCCUUGCACUUUCCAUGCCACUCUUUUCUGUCACUUUUGACAGUCCUGCUUUGAUUAUGGCAGUGUUCACCUCAGAGGAGUGCACAGAGUAGCUUUCCCCAUCUGUGCCUCUGACACUCACCAGCUCCCUGUGACUUCAGCUUUGUGCCCGUUUUUUUUUUUUUUCUCCAUAUUUGCAUGGCACAGAGUUAAAUGUGGGUCUCUAAUGAAGUGCUUCCACUACAUCUAUAACUCAUUACAACUGUUUUUGUUUGUAUUUUUGUGGGAUUGAACACUAGUGUGCUCUCCAUCUUGUACGCGUGCCCUGCAUGUAUGUUUCCACCAGACCCACAUUAGUGUUUGUGCCAUGACUGGAGUUUCAUCACUUCCAGUCUGUAGUGUAACCAGCUGCCUUAUUGCCCAUUCACUGUUUACAAAACCUCACUUUGGGUAACUGCUGCUAGUAACACACGUCAGUCCCUCCUUUCCUGUUGCCAAUACCUAUUUUACUUCACUCCACCUGUAUGCCGUUUUAAGUAUAACCCAGUACACUUAAUGUGCUCCUCCGUCUAUUCAACACACUCCCACAAGAAGCUGAUAGUUAAUAUGCAGCUUUUAAUGUGUGGAAGUGGAUGGUAAUUGUAACAUUUAAUGCACAUCUGUCCCAGCUGUGAAGUGUAUGUCUUCUUUAAGAGCCAAUAAACCUGUGAAAUAG